UUCCGAUCAGAACUUGACCGCUCUACCGCUGCAGCACAGCUGCCCGCAACUUGAAGGACAUUUAAGGGCACUAUCAAUCUAAUGGUCUAUCAGGAAUGGGGGGGCUGCAUUCCUGCAUGUUUUCCAACAUACCCUCCUCUGGCAUGUUCCAAUUGGCUGGACGCACCUGAACCAGGUAAUCAGUCAUGAGUAGGGCCUGAACAUUUGCCCUCGAAGCCUGGAGUUGUCCAUCCCCGGUUUAGUUUUUACUCCUCUGUUUGUUUGCCUGGACACAUUUGUGGCUUCAACGGCAGUUUUUCCAGAGCACGAAACAAGAACAAAGAGGAGAACCUGCUAACCGCACAUGAUUUGCUUUUCAUCAGAGUCCUGCUCAAGGCCGGUCUUUAUUUUUUUCCCUCUCAAAAGCUAUAAUUUUACAUCCCUUUAGACGGUUUACUUCCACUUUUAAGUCAGUUUGCAUUCACACCACUGCUGAAACACACCAGGGUUCACUUGCAAGUUUAAUCUGCACCAAAGUUGAGGUGAACUUUCACACUUGCCAAAUCAAACAAACUUAUUCAUGAAAACUGAGAGGGGAGUGUGAAGGCAACCAAAGUCGAGACAUGAAGGUUUCCAAAUAAAUGUACAGUUUUCACCUUUAACUUUGUUUCAGAGUAAAAAUUCACUUCAAGCCAAAACUGAGCUGCCGAUUGAGAAAGGUUCUCCAUCAAUAAAAGCUGGAGGUUUAUCAGCCCACGGGGGCUUCAAAGAGCUGAGGUGUUGAUUAAGGACAGUGCUGACACACAUGCGCACAGCUGAUGGAAGAGAAGCACAUCUGCACUGACGUCACCCCUGGAAAAAAAGAGGAAAGAAAACGCAGCCAAUUUGGAGCUGUCCUGCAGGCAGCCUGCCUCUCUGCGCUGCAGUGGAGGGGAGCAGCUCCAACUUCUGCUGUUGUCUGAUGCACUUUUUUUUUUCCUGAGCCACAAAACCCAAAGUCCGGCUUUGUAAAAGGAGGACAGAUAGGCUGAAAGCGGAGCCUUCUGCUGGAGGAAAUCCAAUCCUGUGAAAAGCUGAAUAAGUGCUUUCUCUCUGUGAGGCUGAGAUAGGGCUGCCGGGCUGAAGGGGGGAAAACUCCGAGCGCACAUCCAGAGGAUGGCAGAGUUCAAAAGGAGAUGAGAAGCGCAGAGUGGAGAAGGUCUAUGCGCCAAACCUGAGAGCAGCACAAAUCUUUUGUCUCUUUGCGCACUUGGAGCGGAGCUGACAGUGAGGAUGAUGAUGGUAAAAGCCUCCUAACUCCCCCCCGGUGCGCGCGCGCGGCUCACACACAGGUCGUCUCUUCCUUAUCGGUCUCAGGAAUGCAGAUGGAUCGGUCAGGACAGGUUUCCUCCAUAGGGCUUCCAGUUUGGAGUUCCACCUGAGCCUGACGUGUCCGGUGGGCUGCAGCGACAUGAAUUCAGAGCCCGCUAAGAUGUGGAACGGCUCGCCUUCGGGAGAAAUCUGAGAUCUGGAUGAGGCUCCAAUCGAACCAUGAACCUGUUAUGGUGUGGCUUGGGACCAGUGUUGUCCUGUUGACCCAUUUGUAGUGCACUCUACCUCCACCCCAUGUUUCUUUUUUCCUGAAUUAUGGAAAUUUUGUGGAAGACUCUGACUUGGACACUGAGCCUGGUGCUGAUGGCUGCUUCCGAGUUUCAAAGCAGGCUUUCCUACAACUCUCAAGAGGAGUUCCUGUCCUACCUGCAGCACUACCAGCUGACUGUUCCAGUGCGAGUGGACCAGAAAGGAGACUUCCUGAGCUACACUGUGAAGCACCAGCGACCGGGACGGCGGAGGCGAGGACUGGCAGACUCCACGAUGGGCUCAGACCCUCCAGAAACCCAGAUGUUUUACAGGCUGUCGGCCUACGGAAAGCACUUUCACCUCAACCUGACACUCAACCCUCAUCUGGUGUCGAAGCAUUUCACGGUGGAGUACUGGGGCAGGGACGGGCCCGAGUGGCGCCACGGCGUGGUAGAUAACUGUCACUAUGUGGGAUUCCUGCAAGAUCAAGACUCUACGACAAGAGUUGCUCUAAGUAACUGCAAAGGCCUGCACGGUGUGAUAACAACAGAGGAGGAGCAGUAUUUGAUAGAGCCUUUAAAGAACGCAUCUGCUGCCCCCUUCAGCGAAAGGAGCCAGAACGAAGAAGCACACCAGCAUGUUAUUUAUAAAAUGUCUGCCAUUUCCUCACCACAAGAGCAAAGCCAGGAGUUCAGCUGUGGCAUUUCAGAUCUCAUAAAAAGCGAUGCACCUUGCCAGCUCAGCAAAUCCUCUGCUCUUCACUUGUCCCCCCACAACCAUGAGCUGUCAAACAACACCCGCCGACAGAGGCGCUCCGUCAGCUCUGAGCGCUUCGUGGAGACGCUCGUGGUCGCUGAUAAAAUGAUGGUCGGUUACCACGGUCGCAAAGACAUCGAGCACUACAUCUUAUCUGUGAUGAACAUUGUUGCCAAACUUUAUCGUGAUUCCAGUCUGGGAAAUGUUGUGAACAUUAUAGUGACCCGGCUGAUUGUUCUCACUGAGGAUCAGCCCAACCUGGAGAUCAAUCAUCACGCAGACAAGUCUCUGGAUAGUUUCUGUAAGUGGCAGAAAUCCAUUAGGUCCCAUCACAGUGGUGGAAACAGUAUUCCAGAGAAUGGGAUGGCUCAUCACGACAAUGCCGUCCUCAUCACCCGGUAUGACAUCUGCACCUACAAGAACAAACCCUGCGGGACUUUGGGCUUGGCCUCGGUGGCUGGAAUGUGUGAGCCGGAAAGAAGCUGCAGCAUCAAUGAAGACAUUGGCCUCGGAUCUGCUUUCACCAUCGCGCACGAGAUAGGCCACAACUUUGGGAUGAACCACGACGGGAUCGGGAAUUCCUGUGGCACAAAAGGCCACGAGACAGCCAAACUGAUGGCUGCUCAUAUAACAGCCAACACCAACCCUUUCUCCUGGUCCGCCUGCAGCAAAGACUACAUCACCAGCUUUCUGGACUCAGGUCGAGGGACCUGUCUGGACAAUGAGCCCCUAAAACGAGACUUCCUGUACCCAACGAUGGCGCCGGGGCAGGUGUACGAAGCGGACGAGCAGUGUCGCUUCCAGUAUGGUGCUUCAUCACGUCAGUGCAAGUACGGGGAAGUGUGUAGAGAGCUCUGGUGCCUUAGCAAAAGCAACCGCUGCGUAACCAACAGUAUCCCAGCUGCAGAGGGGACUCUGUGCCAGACUGGCAGCAUUGAGAAAGGGUGGUGCUACCAGGGGGAGUGUGUUGCGUUCGGCACCUGGCCUCAGAGUCAGGAUGGAGGCUGGGGGCCGUGGUCGAUGUGGGGGGAGUGCAGCAGGACCUGUGGGGGCGGUGUAUCCUCCUCCACCAGGCACUGUGACAGCCCAGCACCAUCUGGAGGAGGAAAAUACUGUCUUGGUGAGAGGAAACGUUACAGAUCCUGCAACAUUGAUGCAUGCUCUGCCGGGUCUCGAGAUUUCCGAGAGAAGCAGUGUGCCGAUUUUGACAGUAUGCCUUUUCGUGGGAAGUACUACAACUGGAAGCCUUACACUGGCGGUGGUGUGAAGCCCUGUGCAUUGAACUGCUUGGCAGAGGGGUAUAACUUCUACACGGAGCGCUCCCCUGCAGUCAUUGAUGGAACUCGAUGUCAGGCUGACUCUCUGGAUAUCUGCAUCAACGGAGAGUGUAAGCAUGUGGGCUGUGACAACAUCUUGGCCUCUGAUGCAAGAGAAGAUCGAUGUCGUGUGUGCGGAGGAGAUGGCAGCACCUGUGAGGCCACAGAAGGACUAUUUAAUGACUCUCUACCCAGAGGAGGCUACAUGGAGGUGGUUCAGAUCCCAAAAGGAUCAGUUCAUAUUGAGAUUAGAGAAGUAAUCGUGUCAAAGAAUUAUAUUGCUUUGAAAUCUGAGGGUGAAGAUUAUUAUAUCAAUGGAGCAUGGACCAUCGACUGGCCCAGGAAAUUUGACAUUGCAGGAACAACUUUUCACUACAAGAGACCCACAGAUGACCCGGAGUCUUUGGAGGCACUUGGACCCACCACAGAAAACCUGGUGGUCAUGGUCCUCCUCCAGGAACAGAACUUGGGUAUCCGCUACAGGUUUAUUGUGCCCAUCCAGCGAACUGGAAGCGGUGACAACGAAGUGGGCUUCGCCUGGCACUAUCUGCCCUGGUCUGAAUGCUCUGCUACUUGUGCUGGGGGUACCCAGAAGCAGGAGGUGCUGUGCAAGAGGUUUGAUGACAAUUCAGUGGUGCAGAACAGCUACUGUGAUUCUGAUAGCAAACCCCCAGAGAACCAGAGAGACUGCAACACAGAGCCAUGUCCCCCAGAGUGGUUUAUUGGCGACUGGUCUGAAUGUGGGAAGACCUGUGAUGGAGGGAUAAGGACGAGGACUGUACUGUGCACCAGGAAGAUUGGGCCUGCUGAGGAAGAGACCAUGAAAGACUCCCACUGUCUGACUCACCGACCCAUUGAAAGAGAGACCUGCAACAACCAGUCCUGCCCACCUAAGUGGGUCACGCUGGAAUGGUCUGAGUGCACACCUAAGUGUGGCCCAGGCUUCAAGCAUCGCAUCGCCUUGUGUAAGAGCAGCGACAUGACUAAAACCUUCCCACCCAGUCACUGUCCAAGCCACAAUAAACCCCCAGUCCGAAUCCGCUGCAGUUUAGGACGGUGUCCCCCCCCUCGAUGGAUCCCUGGUGACUGGGGACAAUGUUCAGCACAUUGUGGCCUGGGCCAGCAGAUGAGAACUGUGACCUGUCUGUCCUACACCGGACAGCUCUCCAAUGAGUGUCCAGAGUCGCUACGACCAGCCACCAUGCAGCAAUGUGAAAGCAAAUGCAACUCCACACCAAUCUCCAAUGGCGAUGAAUGCAAAGAUGUCAACAAAGUGGCUUAUUGCCCGCUGGUUUUAAAGUUCAAGUUCUGCAGUCGUGCAUACUUCAGACAGAUGUGCUGCAAGACUUGUCAGGGUCAUUGACCCUUGGAGCGCUCGAACCAAACAAAAAAACAAUAGGUGGAUUGCUACACGCUGGUGAAAGACGAAAAUGGUGCAAGCUAAUAAAGCAAACCGGCAAUGACUGGUGGAGGAAAGAAAAAGAGAAACACGGAUUUUUCUCGUCAUCAAACCCGACUCUCCUGCUCUUCAUUACGGUGGAAUCCAAACCACUGCUCAGCCUUAAGCGCUGACACGAACAUUGCUUUAUUUUAUUUUCACUUCUGUGAAGUGGAAUUCAGAAAAUUAUAUGUUGGUAAUGUUAUUUUAUUAUAAUAAUAAUUUUAAAUGUUAGGCUUUCUCCAUGUUUUUAAAUCCAAAGUGCUGGACACACCUCUCACAGAGGAUGCUAAAAAAGGGGAAAGGGCAGAUGAACAAGUCGGACUCCCGUCUUUGAGAGAGUGUGAUGGUGCUAUUGGCAGGCUGACAUUUGGCAUCAGUGCACUUUUUCUUGUAAAUAUGUUGCCAGUUCACCUUGAAAACGACAGAGAAAUCCCCAUCGGUGUACUGUAUAUUUAUUGUACGAUUCCAAACAGAGCAGAAUUAUUGCCGCCUGUUGCUUCUGUCAGAUAGUAGCCUACUGUCAUGAAAAGGAAUGUAAUGUGACUAAUUCCAGACAUUAUUGUGUACUGUAAAAUACAUUUUUACUACAUGUGAUGUAAAUCCAGGAUUAUAAAACACAGUUUUAGGAGGAUCAUUGAUUUUUUUCCCCCCAAAGAGGCGCCUUGGUUCACUCACAGUUAAGAUUGAUUUCACCCCUGGACUUUUAAUCAAAUUGUUGGACAGUGCCUUGCCACUUAAGACCAUAAGAUUCACCUAAUUAUGGUCCUGUUCUGCCACAUUUCUUAUUUUUCCUACCUACGUUUUCUUUUUGGUUUUUUUUAAUGUCAAAAAAAGUAAAUGACAUUACCAUCUAAUGUCAUAAGUACUACAAUGCUAUAAGGAAAACCAGCCCAGUCAGUGAAAUGGUCCAAACGUCUCUUUAACUUUCAGAACAUUAGCACAACAUUUAAUGCACUAAUUCCUAGACAGAUCGUCCUUUCUGCAGGAUUUAAAUAUUGUUUUCUCAAAAAAACAAAAACAAAAUCAAGGUUAUUCUUGUUUGGUCAGAUCACCAAACAGAGUUUUAUUAACCAUCCUAAAUUAUAUAUUUGGUUAGAUGCUUUAUAAGCAAACCAGUCCAGAAUCUCUACAUGGCAAUUUGUUUGGUAUCACAGCUAUAUUUUAAAAAAAAGACAAGUACUAUUUCUAAUUGUUGGGUACAAAAUGUUAACUGGGUUUAUGUUGCUCUGUUUGCUAUCUGCACCUGUGCCCGUCACUAAAUUCAUUUAAUUUACUUAUUCAGUCUUGACGUUAAAAAGAUGUGAAAUCAAUUUUUUAAUACCGUUGCAUUAUUUGGGUUUUUGAUGUGUUCAAGUGCACGUUGGCCAAGCACAGACAUAACAACGUCUCCUAUUUUAUAGUUAAUAAAGAUUUUUAGUGUUAAAUAAAUGCUGUUUCACCCCACCACACAUCCAUGCUGCUUUACAAGCAUUACAGCAAGUUUGACGUCUGCUUCCAGGUUAUCAAAAUACCUCCAUAUGGCAGUCACGUUACAGUUUGGUGCAGGUGCAGAUCAGCCGCUGUGGCCUUAAAGUGAAAGCAGAACAACAUCUGCAUCAAUUACUGGCAGACAUGCUCAUUUAGCAUGAUAUACAUAUCACGUGUUAUAUCCUGUGCCCCUACUAUUGUGCUUUCCAACUUUCUUAAGGUUACUGAGCGCCAACAUGAUCAAGAAAACAGAAAACUUAAAUCAAGCUCACCAUCGGUACAGAAAAUUACUAGUAUGCUACUAGCUGAGAUCUGCAUUGAAGUAUAAGUAUUAUUUCUGACACAAUAUCAUAGAAUUUAAAAAUGAAACAUUGAUUUGUGAUGUUUUGAUUAGAUUUUUAGCCCCUUGAUGAUGUUUGAUGAAAAUAUUUAUCAAAAAUAUUUAGCCUCAAACUUACCUCUUAGACUCUUUUAAAAAGGCAAAAAAAUAAGGGAUUUUUAUUUUCAAAGCUGGAAAUAAAUACAGGCUUCAAUGGUUCAAGAUAAAUUUUUAGUGUCCUGCUUCUACAUCACAUUAAUAUGUUACAUAGGAACCAGUGCAAACAUCCACUAUUAUCUAAUUAGAAGCUGUCUAGCAAAGACUCUUCAUGCUAAUGUAUAUAGUGCGUCUCCACAUCUUUAGCGUUGUGCAGUAAAAGGACCUUGUUGGACAGUUUUUCCACCCAAACCAAACAAACUGUCUUCAAACUCUUUAAGCUGCUGAAGUUGGAUUUAGCUAAUGCAGGCCAUAUUUUGAGCAAUAUUCAAAACUGUUACCAAACUCUUUAAAUCCCGAAUCUGUUCUUUAUUUUAGACUAUGCUGUUAAAGAAAGUUUAACACUUCUCAAAAUGUUAGGCUAUUUUUUUCACCCAUCCUUGGUGUUGCUAGGCAACCAAUCCUGGCAUUGUCGUCACAAAUGAAAUUUUUCAAAGUUUCCUCUUACACCGGUGUCUCCCUUUAAAAAGAACAAAAACAGAUCACUUGGUGGAGCUUUCCCUUUCAUGUUUUUCUUUUUCCAUCGAGUGCUGUGUUUACCUCCCCUGCUCCUCAUGCUCCGCUUCCAGGGUUACGGCCUUCCCAGCCUUCUGGUGCUACCAAGUGGGUGCUUUCAUUGAGACCUUCUUCAGUAUGCUUGAAAGUGAGGCUGGAUCCAAACAAUAUGAAAUGUUAUACUUGCCAAUAUCUUUGCUUAUAAAUGCUGGUCAUGUUGAUGUUUUGUUUGAAUCUUUUUAUACCUCACACUGGGAAUUUUGUUAAUGUAAAUCUUGUCUUGUUGUUUGUGCAAGCACCAAAAUAGACAUUUCCCCAGAUUUCCCUUUUACCCAACGGGCAUUUCUGCUGGUGCAGGGGCUUUGGGAGAGACUUCACAGGAGCCGAAAAGGAUUUCAUUGAAGCUGUUGACAACUACGUUCUAAUUUUGCUGCUGCUACCUUUUUGUAGCCACAUGGUGCGUGACAAGAGAUUUUAUUGGAGAAGCAUUUGGAAUCAACUGAACUCAUCUACUGGCAGUGGGAUAAGGAGCCUUUAGAGACGUUAACUUAAUCCAACUUGUACUCAUUGCUGUGAACUUGGAUGUUUGAAUGUUGCAUUGCUUGUACCUGUACUUUAAAAGUGCAAGAUAAAUGAAACACGUGAUUAAUUUCAUAUAUUUUAUAGUCAGUAUUAAUGUGGGUAAACUGCUACAAAUAUUUGAUUCCAGAUGUUAAUUAUAUGCUAAUUUAUUGCCUUGUCUCACUUGUACAUUUAUUUCACAGCAUGCAAACUGAAACUUAGAAGAUUGCAUUGAUGCAGUCCUUCACCAACAUUUUAAGGUAGAUCAAAUAAAAGGUGCAGCCUUCAAAGUGA